AUGACAACCCCGAAGGCUGUUGGUGUUACCCCACGGAAAGGCAGCAGUGUCAUUGCCGAGGAUGGCGGCCAAGUCACUGCAGCCUCACUGUCAAGGGGCCGGCCAGACUACGGUCCCCUGGUAAAUGUCAAUCAGAAUGGGUGCUUCGAAUCUGACCGCGUCAUAAAGAGCGGCUACCUCGAAAAGCGCACGAGGACAAAGAACUGGAAGGCUGUAUACCUAGUCCUUCGCCCCAACACUCUGUCCAUGUACAAGAACGAAAAGGAGACCAAGCUACGACACCAGCUGUAUCUUUCCGAUUUGACGGCAGUGGCAUUUCUCAAAGAUCCAAAGCAAAAGCGCCACAACGUCUUUGGCCUUUUCUCUCCCUCUCGCAAUUUCCACCUUCAAGCUCGAACCAAGCCGGACGCGCAAGAGUGGGUCGAUUUGAUCCGAAAGGAGGCGAGAAUCGAAGAAGAGGAAGAAGAGAUGUUCCUGGCGAGCCCCAAGGCGCGAAGCGUGUCACCAAGAGAAAUGGUGUCCAAUGUAACGACUGGCUCCCAUGCGACCGGCUCCUCUGAUGGCCCGUACGUAGAAGGCGUUUUAUCGAGCUCCCCGGAAGCAUACUGUCCCCCAGAAUCCAAUUUUACUACGAGUGAGGCCGGGCGGCGGAAAUCUAGCAUGAUGGAUUCCUCGGGCAUGUCCGGCACCGAACUGGUAUCACAAUCGGAUUGGUCAGACACUGAGCCGCAAAGACCUAAAGUCGCUGCAAAACGCUCUGGUAGCCAGCUCAGCAUUAUCAACGCCGCACUCCAAAGCGGCAAUGGUGUGCCUGUAGAGCCAGACCCUGAUAGAGUAAUAUGGCAGGGUUGGCUCUGGCUAUUGCGAAGCAAAAGAGGCGUGAAGCAAUGGAAAGAUAUGUGGGCGGUGCUACGACCCCGUAACCUCAUCCUCUACAAGGAUGAAUCAGAAUAUACAGCACAGUGGAUCGUCGAGCUGUCUGCCGUUGUGGACGUUGUGGAUACCGACCCGGUCAGCAAGAGCAAAGAGAAUUGCUUGCAAGUCAUAACAGAAGAAAAGAGCUAUCGAUUUUGUGCGCAUGACGAGGAAUCCAUCGUGCAGUUUAUCGGCGCGUUCAAGAGCCUACUCGCCAAGCGACGAGGACUCGAAGCGCGAGCAGCCGCCACCUCAUCGUGA